AUGGUGAAUGUAACAGUAUCUGGGAGGCAGCACUUACUGGGAUUGUACGAUACUGCUGGACAAGAGGAUUACAACCAGCUGCGACCCCUCUACCCCAACACAGACGUCUUUCUCAUCUGCUUCUCUGUUGUGAAUCCAGCUUCCUAUCACAAUGUGCAGGAGGAAUGGGUGCCUGAGCUCAAAUCCUGCAUGCCCCAUGUGCCCUAUAUCCUCAUCGGAACACAGAUUGACUUGCGAGAUGACCCAAAGACACUAGCACGUCUGCUCCAGAUGAAGGAGAAGCCACUGACCUAUGAGCAAGGCCUCAAACUAGCCAGAGAGAUUGGAGCCCAGUGCUAUCUGGAGUGUUCAGCACUGACUCAGAAGGGACUAAAGACAGUAUUUGAUGAGGCCAUCCUGACAAUCUUCAGCCCAAAGAAACAAAACGGUGCUGCGCAGCCUGCAGGAGCUGUUGUGCUAUCGUGUGAGGAAAAUACAUCUCCAACUGUGAACGCCCACUCUCCCCCAAAGCUUUAGAGGAGUAACAGACCCUAAACUGCCUCCAGUCUGCUGUACAUCCUUCCUUUCCCCAUCCGCCUGUUGU